AACCCAGAAGAUAAACACAAGAGAAAAAAAAUGAAAAGUUAUGCCAACUUCGUAACUCUCUUUUUAUUACAAAGCUUAUUGUUUCCUCUUUACAGUUUAUCUAUCCAUCAAACUUCUUCAGAUGAUUCAACAUCUCCAUUUCCUUCUGAUUUCUUCUUCGGCACAGCUUCUUCUGCUUACCAGUAUGAAGGUGCGUUCUCAACCGAUGGAAAAGGUUUGAACAAUUGGGAUGUCUUUACCCAUGAGAAUCCUGAGAAAAUAAUUAAAGAGGGCAAUGGAGAUAUAGCUGUUGAUCAAUAUCAUCUUUUCAUGAAGGAUAUCCAAUCAAUGACUUACCUUGGCGUCAACAGUUACAGAUUAUCAAUUUCUUGGUCUAGAGUCCUGCCAAAGGGGAGAAAUGGAGGCAUUAAUCAUUUGGGAAUAAAGCAUUACAACAGGCUAAUCGACGCGCUCAUUAGAAAUGGGAUUACUCCAUUUGUGACGUUGAACCAUUUUGACUAUCCUCAAGAACUCGAGAACCGGUUUAAAAGUUGGUUAAGCUCCGAGAUGCAGAAAGAAUUCGGGUACUUGGCUGAUCUAUGUUUCAAACAUUUUGGAGACCGAGUCAAACACUGGAUCACGAUAAACGAACCAAAUCAACAAAUAAUCUUAAGCUAUCUAAAAGGUAUAUUUCCACCUUCUCGCUGCUCCAUGCCGUAUGGAAACUGUAGCCAAGGGAACUCCAACACUGAGCCUUUUAUAGCUGCGCAUAACACGAUCCUCGCACAUGCAAAGGCUGUUCAAAUAUACCGAACCAAAUAUCAGAAAGAACAAAAAGGAAUCAUUGGCAUUGUGGUACAAACAUCAUGGUUUGAACCAGUAAGCAAUUCCAUCGCGGAUAAAAAAGCUGCAGAGAGAGCUCAAUCAUUUUAUUCGAAUUGGAUUUUAGAUCCUGUUGUAUAUGGGAGAUAUCCUCAAGAAAUGGUGGAUAUACUUGGAUCAGCUUUGCCGCGAUUUUCGAGCAACGAAAUGAUGAACCUAAAGAGAUAUAAAUCAGAUUUUUUGGGUAUUAAUCACUAUACAAGUUACUUCAUCCAAGAUUGUAUGACCUCUGCUUGUAAUUCUGGAGAUGGAGCUUCUAAAAGUGAAGGAUUCGCGCUUAAAUUAGACCGGAAUGGCAAUGUUUCAAUCGGAGAACUUACCGACGUAAGUUGGCUGCACAUCGACCCUGAAGGAUUUCGAAAGAUGUUGAAUUAUCUAAAGGAUAGAUACCCAAAUAUACCAAUGUUCAUCACAGAAAACGGUUAUGGAGACUUGCAAAAACCAGAGACGACAGUUAAAGAACUUCUAAAUGAUACAAGAAGGAUACACUACAUGAGUGGAUAUUUAGAUGCUUUGAAAGACGCAAUGAGGGAUGGAGCAAAUGUGAAGGGCUAUUUCGCAUGGUCGCUAUUAGAUAAUUUCGAGUGGUUGUACGGAUACACGCUUCGAUUUGGGCUAUAUCACGUGGAUUAUACAACUCUCAAAAGAACACCAAAGCAAUCAGCUUUAUGGUACAAGAAUUUCAUUGAACAGCACGUGAUGAAUUCAGGAGAUCUCACAGACAAAUAUUAAAUACAUUUACUAAGAAUUGGUAUAUUAGCAUACUCCUAAUCGAAGUAAGUCAAAAAUAGGAAGGCUUAGCUAAAAUUCUUCUCAUUGUUGAUUGUAUUUGAAAUGUGUCUUGUAUUUCUUCUACAUGAUUAUUUUCCUAGUCUUACAUAAAAAAGAUUAUUGCAAAGAUAAAUGUAUAUGAAUAUUUGAGUAUAGAUAUAUUAUAUGGGAAUGCUUGAAUUAUCUGUAUAUUUGAAUAGGUCGGAAUCAA